AUGAUGAUGAACUCCUCCAAGUUACUGCUUGUUAGCCUUUUCGUUGCCUCAUUGGAGGCAUCGUGCAUGGCCUUUUCUGCCAGUGCUCCACAAAAGGCAGAACGGUUGACCACGGCCUUGUACAUGGAACCGCCGAAUGCACGCAGAUCUUUUGUCCAAUCGUCUGUUUUGGCUCUCGUGGCUGGAGCUCUUCCAACUGUGGCUUCUGCUGAUGACGUGAAGGUCGGUGGUUCCGUUCAGUUUGGAGACGAGUCCAUCAUGAGUCAGUUGGCCGACAAGAUUUGCAACUACAAUCGCCACUUUGCCGAAAUGGGUGGCUAUUUCUCCAGGACUUCCUUUGAAGAACAAGUCAUGAGUGCCAAGGGGCCCAUUACGUUUUACGAUUCCGUCACUGGCAACCCCCUCUUUGUGGCUCCGUUGAAUCGAUCUCCCGAGCAAUUCGUUCGAGAGAGUCAAAUCCACGGAUGGCCUUCCUUUCGAGACGAAGAAGUGGUGUGGGAAAAUGUGAGAGUGCUACGAAACUCUGGAGAGACCGUGUCGGUGGAUGGAACACACCUUGGCCAUAACCUUCCAGACAAGAGCGGAAACCGAUACUGCAUCAAUCUGGUCAGUGUAGCAGGUCAACCAAAGAAUGCCUAA